AUUCCAUUGAAUAAUGCGCAUAUGACUGACCAGGUGAGAAACCACAAAUUAAUUUCAAUUCAAAAACAAUAAAAGCACAACACAACACAAGCGCUAGCGUUACCUUAAAUCCUUCCAUGUCUGCUCUUUCGUAAAGCUUUCUCUUAUUAACUCAUACCUUCUCCUACAUUCUAGAGAGAGAAAAAGAAUGGGUAAAGAAGAAGCAAAAGCAACGUCAUUGCUAAAAGAAACGAUAGAAAAAGCAGGAGGAUGCGGUGUUAUUGACGGAGGGCUUGCUACUCAGCUUGAAAUCCACGGCGCCUCUUUUGACGAUCCUCUUUGGAGCGCCGUCUGCUUAAUCAAUGAUCCUCAUCUUAUCAAACGGGUUCAUUUGGAAUAUUUGGAAGCUGGUGCAGAUGUUUUGGUUACUUCAUCUUAUCAGGCAACCAUUCCAGGAUUUCUGUCAAGGGGCCUGUCAAUGCAAGAAGCAGAGUCAUUGCUGGAGAAGAGUGUUAGAUUAGCUAUUGAUGCCCGUGAUGAGUUUUGGAAUGCUGUUAAUAAAAAUGCUGAAAAUAGUUAUAAUAAGGCCUUGGUGGCAGCAUCAGUAGGCAGUUAUGGAGCUUAUCUUGCUGAUGGCUCAGAAUACAGUGGAAAUUAUGGACAAAAUAUUGAUGUGGCGAAGCUAAAGGAUUUCCAUAGGCGAAGAGUACAAGUUUUAGCUGGAGCUAGUCCGGACAUAUUAGCAUUCGAAACAAUUCCCAACAGACUUGAAACUCAGGCUAUUGUUGAGUUGCUUGAGGAAGAAAAUAUCCACAUUCCAUCAUGGAUCUGCUAUAGCUCAGUAGAUGGCGAGCACGCCUCAUCAGGAGAGAGCUUCGAAGAAUGUCUCAAUGUUGUCAAUAAGAGUAAGAAAGUUGCAAUAGUAGGAAUAAACUGUGCACCACCACAAUAUGUAGAUGGUCUAAUUCGCAAAUUUAAGAAGCUGACAGACAAAGUGAUAGCAGUUUAUCCGAACAGUGGUGAAACAUGGGAUGGCAAAGCAAAGAGAUGGCUGCCACCUAAAUGUUCGAAGGAUGAUGAUUUUGGAUCAUUAGCUAUAAGAUGGCGUGAUUCAGGAGCUAAACUUAUUGGUGGGUGUUGUAGGACAUCGCCUGCAACUGUUCGGGAUAUUUCAAAAGCCAUGAAGAGAAACCUUGAUUUGUAAUUUUUUUGUUUUUAAACAUUAGUUUACUUGUGCAAUUCCUAUAAACAUCCUGUUUUGUUUGCUAUUCUCGUCACUUGCUCCCUAGUCACUCCCUCUCUUCUUUAAGGGAAAGAAAAUGUACACUUCUUCGUUUCAUAUUAUUCUUUCCGCUUUGAUCAA